CAUCAGGAAUCAGCGCUUGCCUUCUUUCGCUCAAGCUGGCUUGGGCCUCGUUUGGCAAUCUGCAUUUAUAACCAGCUGGACCUGAUGCACGAAACCAGGCAUGAGGCAAUCAAACACUUCCUCGAAAGUUGUGUCUUGUUUUACCACUCGCUUUUUGACUUGGAGACCGGUCAUGGGAUGCAGCAAUGGCCCUCGGCAAACGCAGAAGCUAUCCAUGCGGCUGCUAUGGUGCGAAUCUCAUUCUCCAAGGACGAGGCAGGGUUCAAUCUCCAUACAAUCGACAUGGCGAAAGAUUUGCUGGUGCUCGGUCACCCUCCAACCUCCUCUGGCUCUGCAUCCACAGACAGACUACUCCAGCAAAUUCUGCAGCACCUGGACACGCAGCAGCAGCACCUGGACAGGCUAGAGCAUGGUCAGCAUACGAUCAACUCUCAAAUCUUCCUCAUUAAGCAGCACCAGCAAGUGCAUGAAUCGCACCUUGCGAAAAGCCUUGCAUGCUUUAGUGCACCAAUAAGCAGUCAAGGCUGGAUUGUAUUCUUCGCCGUUUAUUUAGUGUGGAACACGGCUUUCUCACGGCUUUCUCACUAGGCAACAGAGAGUAUAGCAUCUGUUGCCUGAGACUCUAUGUCUGUCUAAUGAUUCUGUAAGCCUUGUCUCAGUUGCAAAAUUGGCUCUUCGCAAUCUAUGUUUGGUAUAUACUUAUGGCUUUGUAGUCGCGUGUGUGUGUUGUGGGGGAAUAGUGGGCGUCGAGGGGUCUUUUGUACUCAUCUUUGUAGCGCGUGAGAAGAGGCAACCCAAGUCAAGAGUUUCCUAGGCUCCAUGCACAACCUCGCCCAAAACGAGCUACCUAAUUGUGCAGCGCACAAGAGCCAACAGAGCCUUAGCUGGUCAAGUCUGCGACCACACAGCUACAGGACAUGCCUCCCGCAGCCACAGAGUGAAUUUUUUGAC